AUGUAUCAGCCAGAACUAGAUAAAGGAUAUCCAGCAUCUGCACCAGCUUACCCACAUCCAGGAGCUGCUUAUCCACCUCCUCCAGCCUAUGGACCACCUCAACCAACAGUUGUUAUGGGUCCUGUCACAUCGACAACAGUGGUAUUGACGACCUCCUUCAGUGAUACACCUACGUCUUGUAUGUGUCCAGUCUGUCGCCAGAAUGUAGUGUCAAGAGUGGAGUAUAACACAGGCCUCCUCACCUGGCUUAUCUUUGGCAUUCUGCUUCUUUUCGGCUGUUGGCUGGGAUGCUGCCUCAUUCCCUUUUGUGUGGACAGCUGUAAGGAUGUUGACCACUUCUGUCCAAACUGCAAUCAUCAUCUGGCAAAGUAUAAAAGGCUAUAA